AUUGGUGUAUCAGCGCUUCGCUUCCUCAAAAGUCAAGGGAUCAGUGGGGGUCACCUUUUUAUUCCAGUUUUAUUUUAAAACACUCCAAAUGCCAAUUUUCUGUCACUGGAACUAUAACAGAUUUUUUGUUUAGUAAAGUCCGUCAGAUGUCGUGCAGCAGGUUUUUGUGACAGGGCGCUGCCGGUGAAUGCGCUGGGCGUGUGUUAAGAUAAGGCAAAAAAGGGCUGGAUGGGAAAACUGUCAGGAACAGAUAAUGCUCAGUAACCGUCGACCCCGGCCUGCAAUAACUCAGUCUUUUUAACGAGAGCCCAGUGCCAUGCGGUCGAGAGUGUGUCCAGAUACUCCAAUGUUUACAGCACCGCUCGAUACAUUGGUCAUCUGACUUUAUACAGUAAGUUUCGACGGAUAAUGAUUAGGUGAGACUCCUAAACUUCGUUUUGCUCGUCUUCUCCAAAUGUACGGGACAAUGUUGCGAAUGACAAGGUUUACUGUAGGGAAACUGCAGCAGAGUAACAUCACCUGCUGUCGGUCAGAUACAUUUUAUAAUUUGUCAAAUCGGACCUCAAGAACACCGUGGAAAAGACAAGUGUGCAAGAACGGAUCGUUUGAUGUCCUUGUGAUGCCCGUCUAUAAGGGAAAGAGCAUUUCCUGGCUCUCUUGUCUCAGAACCGGAGCGUUGUUUCUGCCCAAAAGAGUGUGGACACACUCCAGACACACGGUUGCUCUCUAUAGCACAUCCACGGACUCCAAACAAACCGCGAAGUCCGUGUUAAAUCAGGAGAGUAAAGUAAAAACCUCAGAAAACUCGUUACGUGUUCCCUCGGAUGAUGUCAAAAAGAUGCUACAGCUGGCGUAUCCUCAGCGAUGGAGACUGACAGCUGCCGUGGGUUUUUUGGUGAUCGCCAGCUCUGUCACCAUGUCUGCACCAUUUUUUCUGGGAAAAGUGAUCGACACCAUCUACACUAGCCCCCCGGAGGACUUCACCUCCUCCCUUACCUCCCUGUGUAUCAUGCUAACAGGGGUCUUCCUCUGCGGGGGCGCUGCAAAUGCUGCUCGAGUCUACCUCAUGCAAAUCUCAGGGCAGCAGAUUGUGCGAAAGUUGCGCGAAUCUCUUUUCUCCUCGAUUCUGAAGCAGGAGGUGGGAUUCUUUGAUAAGACCCGAACCGGUGAGCUCAUUAACCGCCUUUCAGCAGACACAGCCAUCGUUGGGAAGUGCCUCACUGACAACCUGUCUGAUGGGCUGCGUUCCCUCGCCCAGGCAGGGGCCGGAGUUGGCAUGAUGUUAUACGUGUCACCUAGUCUGGCAGCUUUUGUCCUGAUGGUUGUUCCUCCUAUUGCCUUCCUGGCUGUAAUUUUCGGUAGAUUUUUACGAUCCAUAUCGAGACGCACACAGGAUGCGUUGGCAGAGGCUACACAGUUGGCAGAAGAGAGGAUCAGCAAUAUACGGACAGUCCGGGCCUUUGGAAAAGAGCUGACGGAGGUGCAGAAGUACUCGGAAAAGGUUGAUUAUAUUUUUGAACUGGCUAAGAAAGAGGCUGUGCUUUCUGCUGGAUUCUAUGGAGUGACAGGACUGAGUGGAAAUGUCAUCAUCCUGAGUGUGCUGUAUAAGGGAGGUCUGUUGAUGGCCAGUGAGGCCAUGACUGUUGGGCAGCUCUCCUCUUUCCUGAUGUAUGCCUUCUGGGUGGGCAUCAGCAUUGCAGGUUUCAGCUCAUUCUACUCCGAGUUGAUGAAGGGGCUUGGUGCAGGGACUCGACUAUGGGAACUCGUGGACCGAAAGCCUGAAUUUCCUCUCAAUGAGGGGCUUGUGUUAAAACCAGAGCAAUUCAAAGGAGAACUGGAGUUUCGUAAUGUGUGUUUUGCUUACCCAACAAGGAAGGAUUCCCCCAUCUUCCAGGAUCUGAGUCUGUUUGUGCCGGCGGGGACAGUGAUGGCAGUAGUGGGAUCCAGUGGUACAGGCAAAUCCACACUGGUGUCACUGCUGCUCCGGCUCUAUGAUCCUGAUUCAGGCGUGGUCAAUGUUGAUGGCCAUGAUAUACGAGACUUGAAUCCUUACUGGCUGAGGAGUCACAUCGGUACUGUAAGCCAAGAGCCAGUCCUUUUCUCCUGCUCUAUUGCUGAGAACAUUGCUUAUGGGGCAGCAGACGCAAGUCGGGUCACAAUAGAGGACAUCUACAGGGCAGCGCAGAUAGCCAACGCUCAUGACUUUAUCCAGGAAUUUCCUAAGGGCUAUGAUACGGUGGUAGGAGAGAAGGGGGUAUUGCUGUCAGGUGGACAAAAACAAAGAGUUGCAAUAGCACGAGCCCUGCUGAAGAAUCCAAAGAUACUGUUAUUGGAUGAAGCUACAAGUGCUCUGGAUGCAGAGAAUGAGUUCCUGGUACAGGAGGCAUUAGAGCGGCUGAUGGACGGCCGCACCGUGUUGAUCAUCGCUCACCGUCUCUCCACCAUCCAGAGCGCAGACGCCGUGGCUGUGCUGGACCAGCACCGUGUGAUGGAGAUCGGCAGCCACGCCAAGCUCCUUGCCAACGACCAGGGGCUCUUCCGGAAGCUGAUGGAGAAGCAGGCCUUCCUGCAGGCCGAGCAGAAACACGCUCUCUUCAAAUAGGAGUCGUUUAAAGACAACAAAGAGAGCGCACACAUUCAAACAUGUUUAAAGGCAUUUCAUAUGUUUUAUUGUGCACUCCGAAAUGACUUAGAUUGAAAUGUAGCUAUUUAUCAUAAACUGCCAAGUAACUGGAAACCAGUUGUAUACUGAUCAUUGUUAAUUACAAUGGCAGACAGUCACAGCUGUAUGCUGUGGACCUGAUUUAAUACUCAUCCGAGUUGCGAAAAACACUGCUUUUUAAAUUGUUUUAUGCUUUCACAGCCCAAGAAAAACAUGAAUAUUUAAAAAAAAAAACUGUUGAAAGGAAUAUGAAGGUGAUUUAAAAUAUGAGUUACUCAAUGCUACUGCUAUUACACCAUGUGCAUAAUUAUUAGGCACGUUGAUAUUCUGAUGGUAUUUUUUUUCCAAGCACAUUUUACCAAUUCCAAAUCAUAUCAAUCUUAUUGUCUGCUAUUAAUUUAGUAUUUAAUCAUUUAUAAGCGAUAUAUAAUUGUCUAUGAAGGCUGGAAGUGAAAAAGUCCUUAUAUUCAGGUGUGCAGAAUUAUUAGGCGAGAUUUCUUUUACAGAUAAAAUUAACAUUUAUCUUCCAGAAUCUGGCAGGGAGUUUUAGGAGCUAAUUUUUAUUCCAUAUCCUAUUCUGAGAAGUCUGUCUUGCAGUAUUGACUAAACAUUAGCUCCUUGUAAGCCUAUAAAAAUGAGUCUUGAUGUAUUUAACAAUACUUCAGCAUGUUAUUCUUAUUAAGUGAGGGUCAUUGUUUAGGAUUUUUUUUUUACCCAAGCAAAGUCUCUGAGAACCUGACACCUUAUAACCCUGGAGACUCAAGUAAGGUUGCAGUUCUGGAAAAUAGAAACUAAACGUUUUCUGAUGGUUUUACACCUAAUUCUUCACAUUCAUUUCUUAAAUCUUUUGCAGUUAACGUGUCUUUUCUUCUCCACUUUUUUCUGACCCUGCUGAUCCAGUAAGCGUUUUGCGGUCCACUGGUCAUGUUUUAACUUUGCUAUUUCUGUAUUGCAUUCGCUUUGAAUAUUUCUCAUGGGGAUUUAAUAUUUUAUUUAAUAUAAUUCUGCACACCUGAAUAUAAGGAGUUUUUUUCUCUGGCAGCCUUCAUGAACAAUUAUAUAUCACUUAUAAAUGAUUAAAUACUAAAUUAAUAGUAGUUAUUAAGAUUAAUGUGGUUUGGAAUUGGUCAAAUGUGCUUGGAAAAAAAUAUAAUCAGAAUAAUAAUUAUGCAUUCGAUAUAUUACUUGUGAUAAAUCAUGUCAGUCCUUUAUUAAGGAAAGGGUGAUAAUCAGUUUAUUGAAGUGUACCUAGGGUAAACGGUAAACUUGCAUUUGAUUCACUGGGAACAUUUACACAAGAAUGAUUUAUGAAAACUUAAAUGAAUUUCAUCUACACAAAUUCUUUCUGUACAAGUAAUAUUUAUGA